UCGCAAUUUGGGUGACGAUUGACGAGUGACGACUCGAGCAUUUCCCAAGGAGGAGAAUGGGCCUAAUCCAAAAUCGCCCACCACAUCGUCGAUAUCCUCUGUAUCAUUACGAAGGAGGACAUGUAGCCUAGACUGUCAAACGGGACGAUAUCUCAUUUCAAGGAUUAAGGGGAGAAACUGCAGACCAUCUCCGGAGAAUAUCAAAGGGACACAGGCAAAUAUCAGUGUGUGUGUGUGUUAGCAACGGAUUGCAGUUCAUAGCAAAAAAUUCCCGAGAAGAAGAAGAACGCGAGAUGUUGUUCCAGGUCGGAGGGCAAGGGGAUCGACCCACCUUCUUCGAGAUGGCUGCUGCCCAACAGCUUCCCGCCAGUCUCCGUGCUGCCCUCACCUAUUCCAUCGGCGUACGCCUCACUAACUCCCCUAACCCUAAAUUCAUCUUCUUUUCUUCUUCCGCUUCUCUAUUGUCAGCUUCUCGUGAUUCCUUCUCAACGUUUCUUUCUUCUCCAGUGCCUUUUUUGUGAAUAUGAUAACGACCCAUCGAGUCAAUUGUGGCUGUCCAUCUUAGGCUGACUCGAAUUUCUUGUGCAUCGGAUUGAGUCUUUGGCAAAAUCUUGCUGUUUGGUAACUGUGUAGACUUCUAGAUGUGUGAAAUGAUAGAAAUUGAAGAACUACAGCACUGUUCUGUUUUUGCCUUUUUGGUUGAUUGCAGUUUCGAAAUGUGAAUUUAAUGAUGGCACACCACCAUGUCGUUCCCAUAAUGGGUGAUGUUUUUCCGAUGAACCAUUUGCUUCUAUGUUGUCUGGUGCUAAUACGAUGUAAAAAUGUUGCUACUUUGUUUGUUUUUCCCACCCAAUCCAGGUGUUGGCUUUAAGGAGACCCUUCCUCCAUAAGGUUUUGGACUAUGAAGAUGAGUUCUUUGCUAUGCUUAUGCUUGUUCUUGAGACUCAUAGCUUACGAACAACAGAUGCUUCUUUUGCUGAGUCUCUAUAUGGGUUGCGGAGAAGAUCAGUACAGUUGAAAAUAAAGAAUGACAAUGUUAGAUUGAUAAAAGGAGAGAAAUCUCAGCCCUCUGGCCUCGAAAAGCGUCAAAGAAUUCUCUCGGUCGUAUUUCUGGUGGUCUUGCCUUAUUUCAAGUCAAAGUUAAACUCUGUAUACAACAGAGAAAGGGAAGCCAGACUUCAAGCAAGCUUGUGGGGAAAUGAUGAUGAAACAUUUGAAGGCACUUCCUAUUUUGAUGGAACAGAAGCUUCUCCUGUUCCCAGUAGGACUUCUGAUACACAAGUGACAGUUAGAGCACGCCUGAGAAAGAAAGUUCAGAAACUUGUUUUUGCUUGCUAUCCGUUUCUACAUGCUGGCGUCGAGGGGUUGUCAUUCAGUUAUCAGCUACUAUAUCUCCUUGAUGCUACUGGCUUCUAUUCCUUAGGGCUGCAUGCUCUUGGGAUUCAUGUCUGUCGAGCUACUGGGCAAGAGCUGAUGGAUACAUCUUCUAGAAUAUCUAAGAUACGAAGUCGUGAGCGUGAGAGACUCCGGGGCCCUCCAUGGUUAAAGGCAGUACAAGGAGCACUAUUAAGAUGUUCGUAUACCAUGCUUGAUUAUGCACAAACUGGACUAAUUGCGGCAGUAUUCUUCUUCAAAAUGAUGGAAUGGUGGUACCAAUCUGCUGAAGAGAGAAUGUCAGCUCCAACUGUGUACCCACCGCCUCCUCCACCACCACCUCCAAAGGUAGCAAAAGAAGGGAUUUCACUGCCAAAUGAUAGAACGAUGUGCCCAUUGUGCUCACAGAAGCGAGCGAAUCCAUCUGUGGUAACAGUCUCGGGCUUCGUCUUCUGUUAUGCUUGCAUCUUCAAAUACAUAUCACAGUACAACCGUUGCCCCAUCACGUUGAUGCCGUCAAACGUCGACCAGAUAAGAAGGCUCUUCCACGAUAUGUAGGUUAAAGUUUUGGUUUCUGGAAGUUCUGGAGAACCCCAUAACACAUGUAGCCGCAUUCGAAAAUCGAAAUAAUGUUGUCAAGAAGCUGGUUGUAGGUAGAUCGACAUAGUACAGAGGAAUCAGUGUGCUGCAAAAGUUCGUAUAGUACAUUUACAAACAUUCUGAUGGUCAUUGGCAAUUCAGGGUUGAUGGGUUUGCUCGUUCUCUCUUCCCUGUAGUUAGUCUGUAUAUUAUUUAUCAACUAUCCGGUUGAUUUGAGAGUUCCAGAAAACAGAAGAGCAAGUUCUAUUCAAGUUUCAGAACUGCGGUUCAGCAGCAUUAGCAGCCACAUCUGAUAAAGUGAACUGGAUAGACUCUUCUCAACCCACUGAACUUAAGAAAUUGAACGAGAAUAAGAAACUUCAAAUGCUAUAGCAGUGGGCAUGAUCCCAGGCUCGAUCCAGUUGAUCCAAUCAAUUGUAGUUCCAGACUGAAUCAGCACAGUUCUGGGUGUUAAAAAUUAUUCCAAUUAAUCAUUAUAAAGAAAAAACGACAGGAAUUCAACAUUUUAUUCCAGCGAUUUCAACAAACAUUGAAAGCAGAAAACUCGAUCAAGAACAAUGUGAAACUGAAGCAAUGUCUGAGCUGGAAAUUUCGGGGGUCAGAGUUCUACCUCUCCGCCAGAAUGCUUCCAAUAGCUCCCAACAGUCCCUAUAGCCGGCGUUCCACCAAAUCGCCGGCUCCUCGACUUUGCAGGCGAAGUAGCAGCAUCAACUUGCUUAAGCACGCCAAUCGUCAGUGCACCUAAAACUACCUUCUUAUCUUCCUUACUCUUAAUAGGCAGAUACCCAGCUGAAGAAUGAUCGCCUCUGUCCUUAGGCUGUCCAUCAACUACCAGCCAAUUGGAGAGGCUAGCAUCAACGGCAACAUCAAUCUUGUCCUUGUUUAUCAUACUUCCCUCUGGAGGUUUCUCGAUCGAAGGGCUGAAGCUAAACUCGGAACUCGGGCAGCUUUGGAUGUUAAUGUCGAUGUUGACAUUUUCCUUGUCCUCCUGACAAUGCUGCUGCUGCUUCUGCCUUCUUGCAUUGCCUCCUCCUCCUCCUGCUGCUGCUGGUUUCAAUUGGGUUGUGGUAUCUUCCACUGGUUUGUGAGAUGGAUUGGAUUUCGGGGUUGAGCUUGUGAUCUCCUCUCCCUUUUCACCCAAAUCAGCGGCUUGAUUUUUCCCGAUUGAGAUGGAAAACAACGACUCCGACGACUCUUCCAUCACUCUUUCUUCAUCACCAUCUUCAACCUGCUCAUGACUCGAAGAACGCGGCGCCACAUUUGCUUUCGAUUCGCCGUCUCCAUUUGGGUGCUCUUCCAUUUCCCCAUCAAGCUUCUGCACAUUGCCAACUUCCUCUGCGGGCAACGACAGGGUUUCUUCUUCAACCUUGGUUUCGAAAGUGGCCCACUUUAUGGCAUCGCAACUUUCUUCAGCGUUCUUCACAACCUUCUCUCUAAGAUUCAGGGGAGACAUGGUGAUUGAUGGGUUCCUUGGUGGGAAUCUCAAUCUCCAGUAGCUGGGUUCCUCCAUGGCCGGGUUUGUCUCUCUGGAGGGAGCGAACGCAGGAGUCAAAAGUUUAGCCGAAAGGUGAAGAUGAUGGGAAGGAAGCCAUUAUAUGGAAGCAGAGAGGGGGAGACUUACAGGUUGGUUAGAGGGAGAAGAAACAUCGGGCACCAGACGAUAUUGAUUGCGCUUUCGCUGCUUAAAAGCAGUAAAACAGGACUUAAACUUAAAGCACACCAUUGUGAAUAAUGAACACGAAGAAACAAGUCUUUUUGACUUUGGAAAAUUUUGGCAAUCCCAAAAGUGUCGACUUUGAGAGAAGGGUAGUAGCGGCUGGUGGUGGAGAAGGUCGGAAAAAAUUCGAC